GGCGCACUCUUGCUUACUUGACAAUUUUGGACUUGGGGUUCGGGCUGUGCCCCGUUGCGACAGAACGCAACACUACGCCCCCCCCAGACGUUUUGUUUUCCUCACGCAGCUCACCUCUUCCGAAGAUAACAACUUUUGAAACUAUGGCUGCCAACGCAUCGUCAUCAUCCACCCCGAAGUUGGCCAACAACAACGUUCUUGCUGACGUCACAGCCCGUCUGCAGAAUACCAUGGCGGCCUUCGCCAAUCUCAACACGGGGGAGGAUUUCACAAGCAUCUCAACACUUCGACGAUUCCACCCGUAUGAAACUACCAACUUCGAGCGUGUUGGGACUUCGUUCGGAGAUAAAAUCAAGUGCAUCAUUAAAAUUGAGCAGGGGGAAGAAGUCCCUGUUAUACUACCUAGUCGGUUGUCAAAACUUACUGAUGAGGACCUGUUUAAUUUAAACGAAGCUAUAGCGGAGGGUCAACCCCCCCUGUUUAGUGUACAACGGCAAGCGAAAGCAAGCGUUCGACGUGUCUUUAACGUUCCCUUCGAUGAAUUAGUGGUUUGUUGUAUUCACAAUGAAUAAAUAAAAAAAUGUAUUUUUGAAAACUAA